GCAUCAUCAUAACCAAGUGAUUUGUUACUAUGUGAUGUGAUGUGAUGAGGGUGUUGGAGUAUUUUUAUAAGGGAAAGUGUUGGAGUAUCUAUCACAUUGGGUCCAUGACACUGUUGCCAAUCCAACAACGAUUUCACAUGUUGUGCUAUAUACUCUGAUGAAUUGGAAUAGGCUCUCACCAUUGCGUGCAUUCCUUCACUUCUUGCGUCAGUGGCACCUCAACUUAACCAUGAUCCUCGCCUUGAAAAGGACUGCAGUAAGGCAUGCCUUCAUCAUGUUGCUUGUACUUGUAUGGGCCAUUCGUUCGGCACAGUGCCACCAACAGAAAUACAACGUCGUCAGGUUCCAUGCGGCUGCGGAUGGCAAGACAGAUGAUUCACAGGCUUUCUUGGCGACAUGGCAAGCGGCGUGCAGCGAUCAGGCCAGGCCAAUCAUGGUCAUCCCAGGAAGAAGGACGUUCUUGUUGAGUGAGGUCACAUUUCAGGGCCCGUGCAAGUCACCAAUCACCAUACAGCUGGACGGCAAUAUUGUAGCACCAAACCACAUUUGGACUACUGAACAAACCAACCUCCUGACCAUCCAUGGCGUCGACAACUUGACCUUGGAUGGGAAGGGCGAGAUCGAUGGCCGGGGUGCCAUCUGGUGGGAUUGCUAUAACAACAAGAGAUGCCACACCCGGCCUAUUUUGCUGGCCUUCUCCUUGUGCAAUGAUCUAUGGGUCAGAAAUAUACGGCUGAAGAAUAGUGCAGACAAGCACAUGACCUUGUUCCAGUGCAACCAGGCGCUCAUUGACGGUGUCUCCAUCACUGCGCCAGCUGAUAGCCCUAAUACAGACGGCAUUACUGUGGCAUCAUCGAACAGCACCACCAUCUCCAACUGUUCUAUCCAAAGCGGUGAUGACUGUGUAUCAAUCCUAUCACACACAAAAAAUAUUACCGUUACUCACAGCACAUGCGGGCCUGGUCAUGGUAUCAGUGUGGGAAGCCUCGGAAAAUCAGAGAGAGCGAAGGUGGAACAAAUUGUAAUAACUAAUUGCAGCUUUGUUGGAACUAUGAAUGGUGUAAGGAUAAAAUCCUGGCAGGGAGGGAAGGGAUAUGCAAAAGGAUUCCUUUUUGCGAGCCUCAACAUGACAGAAGUUCAGUAUCCUAUUGUCAUCGACCAGUUCUACUGCCCGCAAGGAAAUUGUCCUACAAAGCCUGGAGGCGUGGCAAUAAGUGAUGCAAAAUUUAUUGACAUCCAAGGGACAUCAUCCGAGCAAGAAGCCAUCAAAUUAUUAUGCAGCCAAAGUGUUCAUUGUCAUGGCAUCUAUCUCAGUAACGUUAACCUUUCUUGGGUGAACCAUACUACCCCAACAAAUGCUACUAUUCUGAAUGCACAUGGAACAACUGAGGGCAUGGUGAUACCAACAAUACAGUUUUCAGAGAGUUUGUAGCUAGUAUGCUCUUCAUUUCCAUCACUUACAAGGAUUAUAGGAAUUUUUUUUGGUGUGUUUAGAUGACUAAAACUACGCAACCAUAGAUGUUCAUGUUACAUCGUGUAUGCAAAUUAUUGAUAUCUAAUCAUAUAAGCUAAGUAUGGAGA